UAUUCCAGUAGUAAAUAGUUGGUUGUUCGUUGCACUGCGUGAAUGUGCUGAAUAUGCAGGAAUCAUAUCGCAACGAAGGGUUUGCUGAUAAGAAAGGGACCCGAAGAUGCAAGCUGGAGCGUUAAUGUUUUUGCGACAACGGUCCUGACUUCCUACAUCAGUGCUCACUGGGCCGUGCCAAUUAAUUGUCGUAAAGUAGGAGCUCGCUGGUGACAGUUAUGUUCUCGAUAAGGCUGCUGUUGCUGAAACUGCUGUUUUCCGGUGCGUGUGCCAUCAUUCAUGACUGCUACCACUUCCUCAAUGGUGUGUACAACCUUCGGUACUGUGCUUUCAAUAACAUUAGUGUAACCCACGAUGCGGAAGAGAUUGUGUUCCGGUCCGAAUAUCCGAGGCCGUACUUUUUCGAGUUUCAUGAUUCGAAACUCACCGAAAUUCCACGAAUCUUGUUCACUUCGUUUCCGGAACUGCAAAACUUGGACGCAACUCGAACGCAGCUGGAGAAUAUCAACAAGUACACGUUUGAGCAUGCCAAGGAGCUACGGUUCCUGAACUUGUCCAACAAUCAGCUAACAGUUUUGAACAACUUCGUAUUCAAAGGAUGUGACAAACUUGUGAAGUUGGAUUUAUCAAACAAUCGAAUUAGCGAUAUCAAGGAUAAAGCGCUUGGUGAUGCCAUUAAGGUUGAUCACUUAGAUUUGUCUGACAACUCGUUGUCGGAACUGAACGAAACCUUAUUCUCCAAACUAAGUCUACUGUCAUUCCUUUCGUUGGCAAAUAAUCGUUUGAAAGUGCUGAACGAUCAUCUUUUUGACAACUGCACGAUGAUGGCCUAUCUCGACCUUAAGGGGAAUCAAAUUCAAACAUUGAGUGACUACCUUUUGAAUAGUUUAACCUACUUGAGAACAUUAGUGGUUGACAGCAAUAAAUUGACAACACUGAGAAUACCGCAACAGCUAACGAAGCUAUUCGCGUCGAAAAAUCAGCUUUCCUCCGUAUACGCUGAUGAACCGGAGAAAUCGCAGCUAUAUGCGCUUAGUUUGUCCAAAAAUAAACUGACGAGUAUUAGAAACAUUACCGUAUUGGAGAACAUUACCGUGUUAGACCUGUCCUUCAAUGCGAUCGGUCCUCUAAAUCUAACAACAUUUCUGAAACUGAAGAAACUGGUGGAUUUGAAUCUGGAAGCAACACAACUUACCACACUAGAACAUGGUCUAUUCACCCAACAGUCGAAAUUGCGGCGCUUGGAUAUAUCCUACAACUUUCUUCGGAAACUUGAUCUUACUGUGAUGACUUCGCAGCCUGGCCUGGAGAGGCUUUAUAUCGAUGGGAACGGCCUGUUGGAAAUCAACUACGAGCACGUUCCGGAGCUUUUCCAAAAUCUCACCUAUUUGGGAUUGUUCGCAAAUGCGUGGAAUUGUUCUUACCUAACCGCGUUGGUGCGAUUUUGUAAUCGAAACGGUAUUGUCGUAAGCUCAUCAAAGACCUACGGUGAAAUGUCCUACAUGACCAACGUCCAAGGUAUCUAUUGUGCCAGUUCGGAUAAGGAUCGGAUAUACUUUCAACCUAGCAGUGCUGUCUGGCAUGAAGAUGACAAUUUUAAUAGUGGGAAAGACGUUCAGUUGGAAUUGACUGUCGGGAAUAUUAGUUCAACAGAGUUCGAGUACAAAUUGAUGGUGGAGUUGUUGGACAUGAUAAAAUCGGUGAAUGCGACGAGCAGCGAUCGGUUGGAAGAAAUGCGUCGAACGGCGUUUAGUUCCGAGAGAGGAUGCGAAUCGCUUCACACCACCGGAUAUCAAGUGUUCAUUAUGUUGAUUCUAACUUUCAUUCUGGUGAUCAAUGUGGGAUUCUUGCUGUAUGUGCACUACAACGCCAACGCCCGUAGAACCAUCGAUCAGAUGAUCAUUUUUAGACGAGGAGAGGCAUCAGUGCAAACACAGCUGGAGGAAUUUUGAAACUGCGCUUGUUUUGCGGAUGAUGAUGAAUUGAUUUUGUAAUAAUCCUAAGAAGAAUGACAUGUUUUAAGCUAAGUUCCACUUAACGAUCCCUAAUACAUGACUUUUGUGAUCAGUUAGUCAAUUUUGUAAUUUAUACCAGCUCAUCAAAAUGGAAUAUAGAGAUUCAUGCAAUUUUGAUUUGCGAUUAAUUUUUAUGUCCGAGGCAUGAGAGAAUUGAUUACAAUAAAUACUUCUUAUUAUCCUCAACCGUUAGAA